GGCUUUACUGGAGGAUAUGGCACAUGGAUCUAGUUCAGUCCGCAGUCCUGUAUAGCGUAAUGACCCUCAUCAGCACCUAUCUAGUAGCUUUUGCGUAUAAGAAUGUCAAGUUUGUUCUCAAACACAAGGUAGCACAGAAAAGAGAAGACGCUGUUUCCAAAGAAGUUACUCGCAAGCUGUCUGAGGCAGACAAUAGGAAGAUGUCUCGUAAGGAGAAGGAUGAAAGAAUUCUGUGGAAGAAAAAUGAAGUUGCAGAUUAUGAAGCAACAACUUUUUCCAUCUUCUACAACAAUACUCUCUUUCUGGUCUUGGUCAUCAUUGCUUCCUUUUUUGUGCUGAAGAACUUCAACCCCACUGUAAACUAUAUUCUUUCUAUAAGUGCUUCAUCUGGACUGAUUGCUCUGCUAUCUACAGGAUCCAAGUAG